AUGCCCAGGCUGAGGAUCACUCGAUCCACCGUGGUCCUGUCAGUCGUAGGGUUACUGUUUAUCUCCUUCUUCAUAUUCUCACCUGGUCCAGAGUACGACCUCAACUUUGAUGAUUACUCAGAUUCCGAUAAUAGUGGGAUAGGUGGGGUAGCAUUGGAUAAAGUGAGGAAUCAACAGAAAGCUCUGAAUCAAUGGCUGUCCUCGACCGAUCCAAAUCUACCGCAAGGGUUGGAAUAUACGGAACAAGGUUAUCUGAAAGGUUGGGAAAAAUUACAUGACUUGCUGAAAGAUGCUAGUAACCUGAAAAAGAAGGAUAAGAAGAGGAUACAGAGUUUGAUCAAAGUUCAUCCGAUAGUGGAAUUGAUGCAGAAAGGUGAAGAGAGAUGGGCUAAUCUGCUGGAGAGGCAAUCAAAAACCCUUCCUCAGGCGGUGACCGAGUACCGAAGGAGAUAUGGAAGAGCACCACCUAAAGGUUUUGAUCAGUGGUGGCAGUUCUGCAAGAGGAAUCAGGUGAAGAUUGUGGAUGAUUAUGAUCAAAUCUUCAGAGACAUCGAGCCAUUCUUCGCCCUCUCACCGGAAAUAUUCAAUAAGCGAGUUAACGACUUGACCGAGACUCAGCAUGUUGCCCAUAUCACUCUCUCGCCCGACGGCCCUUCCUCUCUCUUCGGCGAACGUAAGAUAUCCGCUCGACCGCGUCUGCUAUUCCAAUUACUCGAACCUAUCGCCCAGUACCUGCCUAAAGAAGUCACAUUCACCUUAUCCGAUCACGAUUUAGGUUCGUGGAUUUUGGGAGAUGAUCAGAAACAGGCUGCUCUCCAAGCUAUAUCAGAGGGCAAGUACCUGACAGAAGCUGAAUUGAAGCAGUUGGAAAAGAGAGAAGGUAGACAACCUGUCAAAGGUUUAGUAUCGGCUUGUCCACCAGGUAGUCCAGGUUGGGAACGAGGUUUGGCUAUUAAAGAGGGUAGAAGUACGGAAGAAUGGGAUCCAAAAGACGAUGGAGAAAUGUCGUUCAUCUAUGAUCCACUGCCGACCUACGAUUUCUGCUCCAACCCUUCUCUUCUGAAACUCCACGGAUCACUAUCAUUCGAUUUCUGCCGCGAAACCGUACUUCGACCUAUAUUCCAACUAUCCAAAUUCGUCCGCAAUCCUGAAUUCCUCACUACACCACUCGAGGCCUACGACAAUUUCACUUCUGCCGAGGGUCGAAAGAAGUAUGUACCAUGGGAACAGAAGAGCAUAAGCAAAUUGUUUUGGAGAGGAUCGACUACCGGUGAUUCAUAUUCGAAGAGAAAGGAUUAUACAUGGCAUCAAUCGCAUCGACCUAGAUUGGCGUUGAUGACUCAAGAUGGUCAGGUGGGCGAGAAACAAAUUUGGGUGAAAGCCAGAGGAAGAACUGAUGGUGGAGCAUGGAACAAGGAGAGCUGGUCGAUCAAUAGAUUGAACGGGGCGUAUAUGGAUAUAGGAUUGACAGGCGGUCCGCAUCAGUGUAAGAAGGAGGAUGGGACUUGUGAUGAGAUGGCGAAAGAGAUACAGUUCAAGGAUAGGGUGAGACCGGAAGAUGCGGCGAAGUAUAAAUACGUCUUCGACAUCGACGGUAAUGGCUGGUCAUCCCGAUUCCACCGACUCAUCAUGUCAGGAAGUGUAGUCGUCAAAGCUACCAUCUAUCCAGAAUGGCUGUCGGAUUGGAUGACUCCAUGGGUACACUACAUACCUUGCAAAAUCGAUUACUCUGACCUAUACGACAUCAUGGCCUUCUUCGCUGGUCCUCCGGACGGUAGAAAAGGUGGGCAUGAUGAAUUAGCUCAGAAGAUCGCUGAGCAGGGCAAGAAGUUUGGAGAAGAACAUUGGAGAUGGGAGGACAUGCAGGCGUAUAUGUUCAGGUUGAUGUUGGAGUAUUCUCGGUUGUUAGCGGACGAUAGGGAAGAUUGGUCUUACCAAAAGACUUACGAUUAG